GGGACUCGAGCCCGUAAUCCCGUAGCUUAACAAACAAUCUUCUAAACAAAAAUACCCACGGAAAAUCCAAUCAGGGAAAAAAUCCAUUUCCCUUUCUUCUGAAGUCGUCCUCUUCUUCCCGUCGCUUCGCCGUGCCGCACCUGCGAGGAGAGGAGACUUCGCCGCGAAGCUCACCAUGAUCUCGCCGGAGAGGAGCUCGUCACAGAGCCAGCGGUCGGCGGCGGCGGGGGCGCCGUUCCUGUCGAUCUCCGUCACGGAUCCCGUAAAGAUGGGUACCGGCGUGCAGUCCUACAUCUCCUACCGCGUCAUCACCAAGACCAACCUCCCUGAAUUUGAGGGACCAGAGAAAAUUGUUAUUCGGCGCUAUAGUGAUUUUGAAUGGUUGCAUGAUCGGCUUGCUGAGAGGUACAAAGGCAUUUUUAUACCCCCUCUUCCGGAGAAGAAUGCUGUUGAGAAAUUCCGGUUUAGCAAGGAGUUCAUUGAAUUGCGGCGUCAAGCUCUGGAUUUAUUCGUUAACAGGAUAGCUUCACACCCUGAACUCAAGCAAAGUGAUGUCUUGAGGACAUUUUUGCAAGCAGAUGAAGAGAUAAUGGAUAGGGCAAGAUCUUAUGAGACUGGUAUUUUUAAGAAACCGGCAGAUUUCAUACAGAUGUUUAAGUCAAAAGUCAGUGAUGUUGUUCUGGGAAAAGAAAAGCCUGUGGAGGAAUCUACUCCUGAAUAUGAGAAGCUUAAAAAUUACAUAUUUGAGCUAGAAAAUCAUUUAGCAGAGGCCCAAAAACAAGCAUACCGUCUUGUGAAAAGACACAGAGAACUUGGUCAAUCUUUGGCGGACUUUGGAAAGGCGAUUAAGCAUUUAGGUGCUUGUGAAGGAGAUUUGAUGGAAAAGGUGUUUUCUGAAGUUGGUUCGAAGUCAGAGAUGUUGUCAAUAAAGCUGCAAAGAGAGGCAGACAACCUUCUCUUUAACUUUGAAGAACCCUUGAAAGAUUAUGUGCGUGCUGUACAAUCUAUAAAAGCCACUAUGCUUGAUCGAGCCAAUGCUUUCAGGCAGCACUUCGAUUUGGAUCAGGAGAGGAAGUAUAAAGAGCUUAAUCUUGAAAAAUUGAAGUUCAUGAACCCUGAAAAGUAUGCCGAAGCAGAAUCUGAGUUUCGAGAGUUGAAAGCAGACAGUGAGGAGGCUACUAAGAAGUUUGAACACAUAGUUAGACUAAUGAAUGAAGAGCUUGCUCGUUUCCAGGAGCAAAAGACAGCUGAUAUUGGACUCGCAUUCCAUGAAUUUGCCAAGGGUCAGGCUAAGCUAGCUAAAGACAUUGCGGAUGCAUGGCGCAGCGUCCUCCCAAAGCUCGAAGCUUGUUCCACAUCAUAAAUGUGAUUUGUGUUUCCUCAUGAUGUUUGGGAAUGGGAUAGGGGGUUGGCAGCUGGUGAGUUUAGGCUGUUUUUUCCCAGCCUGUUUUGACACUGAUUACUGUAUACUUGAACUGCGGUUUGGAAAUGCUCCAGCUGUUAGGUUCAGUUGACGUCAUUUCUUGCUGUUUGAGCUUUUAACCGUCUUCUUUUCUUAGAUCAACUGAAAUAGCUACUGGAAUCUCGUGAUAUUGAUAAUCAAUGAUGUACCAUGAUGCUACUUCCUGGAA